AUGAAUACAAGUAAUAGUCAACACUCAGUUGCUGAUCUUUUGCCAUAUGGAAUAUCUGAUAGAAUGGCGACGAUAUUGACAAAACAACAUGUUAGUGAUGAAGAUUUGCAAAUUAUGGAUCGAGAUGACGUGGAACAUUUAUUCAAGAAUGAAUAUGGAUUUACUUUUCGCGACCGAAAACAGUUUUGGAAUAUUAUACAAAAAAUUCAAAUAUCUCAAAAUACAAACAGAAAAACGGAAGAAAUUGCCCAUUCACCGGAAAGUCUUGAACAUGUCUAUGGAUUUACCGAAGAAGAAGAAAAAGAGGAGUCGACUGAUUCCAAACAACAUCAACUAUCUCAUUCAAAUCAUCUCUUCGAAAACAAAGUUACGUCUAACAUCGAUGAUGAUGAUGAUGAUGAUGAUAAACACUCGAAUUCCUCAUCCCAUCUCUCUAUAUCAUCGGGUUAUAUUUUUACUUAUCCAAGUAUUUUACCAAGUUUUUCAUCGAAUAUCACUCACGCACUUCAAACAAAUACGAUUCACAAACAAUGGGCAGCAUUUAUCAAUGAACUCGCUCGAUGGGUUAUGGCGAUCAAGCCAUGUCUUCGUGAACAACAUGAAUAUCGAGCUAUUGGACAGACUUUGUAUGAAAAAUAUCCGAAUAUAGGCACAGCUGGUCCUAAACCGUGGUCAUUUUUGUGUCGAAGUCUUAGCCAACGAAUUCGAACUGAAAGAUGGCAAAGACCCCCGGUACGCCGAUACACCUUGUUUAUACGCACCACUGCACUUCCAAUCAUCGUCGAAGCAGAAAAUAAUUCACAAAGUUAA